AUGGCUGCGUUCGGUAUCUCAUUUCCUAAACUUACUUUAUGUCGAACACCAACAUCGAAAGCUGAUAAUAAUACUGUUUCAACGAUAACAACAGCAACACCAACAACAUCAGCGCCAACAACACCAACAACUAGUGCUCGAACUCUUUCUCUUACAAUUAAAAACAUACCAAGUCAAUCCCUUCAUUAUGAUAUUUCAACAACAACGAUAAAGAAAAAACCAACAUCAUUUGCUACAAUUCUUGCUAUUGAUGGUGAAACUAAACAAUUACCUAAAACUUUAUCUGUUUUCAAUGAACUUCAACUUGAUGAUGAUAAAAAGUCUGGAAAUAUUGAUGAAAAUAGAAGACGAGAAGAAAAUGCAAGUGAUAUUAUUGUUUCCUCAUCAUUAUCUCCGUUGGGUACUAUUGAUUAUCGUUCUGAUAUUCGAUUUCUUGCUAAUAUUGAUGGAAAAAAAUUAUUACAUGAUUCUAAAGAUAAAGAAAAAAAUUUAAUACAAGAACAACGAUCAAAUCACACUUUUACACCACCAACAUCAAGUUUAAGUAAUGAAUCAUCAUCAUCGUUAAAUGAUUUACAUUUAACACCAUCAUCAUCAAUAUCAGUUGAUUUACCUCAACUUAAAUAUGCUAUUGAAAAUUUUCUUGACGAUGAUGAUGAUCCAGUUUAUCAAAUAGCUGAAGAAUUUUCAUCUGCUUGUUCUCUUUAUUAUCAAGAUUACAAUGGAAAUGCUCAUAAUUCAAAUAAAACAACAUCGGAUUUAAAACAUCAUCAAAACGAUAAAAUUGAUAAUAUAGAAUUUAAUCCAAUACAUAAUAUGAAUACCAAUUAUGAAAUAUUAUUUCAUCCUCCAUCAACAUCAAAUAAUAUAAAAUGGUAUGUAAGUGAAUUACGAAUUAAUCGACCCUUAAUUUAUCGUACACAAUGGACAAAUGGACAACAACGAAGAAACGAUCGAAAAUUUAGUCAUUCAGUAAAUGAUCUUAAACAAAUUUAUAAUUUUAUAAAUCAUUCACAAAAUGACAAACGUAAAACAUCAAUAAGUAAUACAGAUGAUAUUACAUAUUCGACUUUUUCAUUACAUUAUUUAAAUAAUCGACAAUAUCAACGUCGUCAUCAAUCUGAUGAUAAUAUUCUUCUUAAUAAUCGUUUAUCAUCUAUAGACGAUGAUGAUUUGAAUAAUUUUCAAAGUGAUGAAGAUGAUCAAAAUUUAUCACCAAUAAUCAUUCAAAGAACAUUAGAUCGAUCACUUGGUAAAGAUGAUACAUUAAUUAGAAAUGAAUCCGUUAAAAAGAAAUUAUUUGAUAUAUUAAAUGAUGAUGAACUUGAAAAUGCAUGUCUUGAAGAUAUGAGUCAAGAAUUUGAAAAAUUGUCUCUUACUCAUAAUCAUCAUCGUCGUGAUCUUCCAAUAAUUAAUUCAUUUUCAUCAUCAUCUGAUGAUAUUUUUCUCUAUUCAUCAUCUCCAAAUGAAUUUCAUUUACCAUUUCCAUCAGUUCCACCACUUUCAUCUUCUUACAAUGAAAAUCUUUCAGCAAAUAUAAAUAAUUCUACAGAACAUUAUUUCAGUCGAUCACGUUUAAUUACUACAAGUCUCGAUAAAAUUCCAAUCAAUCAUAAUGCAUAUGAUCACAAACCUUCACCAUAUCAUUCACGUUCAUCGUAUGAAAAAACUCUACCCUCAUGGUCUACAUCACCAUUACCACAAUGGCGUACAGAUGAUCAACUAUCGAUGGUAUCUGUACUAAACAAACAUUCGUCUAAAACUGAUGAUUAUCUAAAUGGUAUCGACAUUAUUGACCCUAAUCGAUUAUUAAGAACAAAAGUUACUGAGUAUGGCGUUAAAGGGAAUAAAUAUAUAGAAAAGUAUAAUAAUAAUAAUAAUAAUAAUAAUAAUCAUCAUCAUCAUCAUCGUCGAAAAGAGCAAAACCAUGUAAGCUAUUCAUUAUUGAAUGCAUCGACACCAUUAGUUGAUGAUUCUACGACAAUUCUUCCUAUUAUUCAAGAUAAAUCAUCGAAUAUUAUUAUGUUUAUUUAG